AAAAUGCUUACCUGUGUUUAUGCGGACUUUAGUUGAACAUGCCGGCAAACUGAUGCAAAACUAAACAUGUGGCACCGCUGGUUGUCAUCUUUGGAAAGAAGAAGAAGCAUGGGCAUAGUUAUUGCAAAGAGUGUAGCUAUUUCCUCGUCAAUUUUAAGGACAUAUUUUGUGCAGUUGUGUCUUCAUUUCUAACUACAAACAUGGAUAACAACAUGCUAAGUCCCGGGUUUUCUAUACCCAGUAUUGGAACUCCUCUCCAUCAAAUGGAGGCGGAUCAACAGAUAGUGGCCAAUCCUGUGUACCACCAACCGCCGGCUAUACAACAACACAAUACCCAACACGAUAUGAAUUCUAAUGGCGUUUAUAGUGGCCACGAUUUAAGUCAUAUCAUGGGUACUGGUUCAUCCCCGGCGCCCUCAGUUUCUGCAAGUGGAGGGGCUACAAAUAAUAAUACAACGACUAUGGGUCAACAUCCCAGUUUGCCAGUACCUCACAAACAAAUGCAAUCGUAUCAACCCUCAUACCAAAGUUCCAUGACAGCAAGUGGUACGGCAAGUACGGCCUCCGCGGGCCCUCAGUCAAUGAUGCAGCCCCAGACACCACAGAGUCUUAUGUCUCCCAUGGUGCCAAUGAGCGACAGAACUGAUAAUAUAAGUAAUAUACAUCAAACCAUGGGUCCAGCAACUCCCAUGACACCAAUGACACCGGGCUCAGCGGAUCCUGGUAUUGUACCACAACUACAAAAUAUUGUCUCCACUGUGAAUUUAUACUGUAAGCUUGACUUGAAGAAAAUUGCUUUACACGCCCGUAAUGCUGAGUACAAUCCUAAACGUUUCGCAGCUGUUAUUAUGCGUAUACGUGAACCUCGUACUACGGCUUUAAUAUUUUCAUCAGGCAAAAUGGUUUGUACUGGCGCCAAAAGUGAAGAUGACUCUAGGUUGGCAGCUCGCAAAUAUGCACGUAUUAUACAAAAGCUGGGAUUUCCGGCAAAAUUUCUCGAUUUUAAAAUACAAAAUAUGGUCGGUUCCUGUGAUGUCAAAUUUCCCAUACGUCUAGAAGGUCUAGUGCUCACCCAUUGUAAUUUCAGUUCUUACGAACCAGAAUUAUUCCCUGGCCUCAUAUACCGUAUGGUGCGUCCACGUAUUGUACUGCUGAUCUUCGUUUCGGGAAAAGUGGUGCUGACGGGAGCCAAAGUUCGUGGCGAAAUUUAUGAAGCAUUUGAUAAGAUAUUUCCGAUUUUGAAAAAGUUUAAAAAACAAUCUUAACAACAUUUCAAAUGUCCCAUUAUUAUUAAGGUACAAUUUUCAAUAGUCUACGUUAUAGGAGGGAAUGAUGCAAAUGACGAAGCGUGCUUUUUCAUUACUUUCCACAAUUUUCUUUAUACAUAUUUAGUUUUUUUUUGUUAUACUCGCUAUUUAUAUGUAUUUUAUUAUUUCUUGGCGUUUUUUUCUUCUAUUCCGACCUUAAAUUCCAUUAUUUUAUAACUUCGUUUUUCUAGUAUUUAAGACAGACUUUCUUUCGUGUACGUAAAUUUGUAGAUAAUCAGUAUAAAUUUAAUUGUUUAAUAUUCGUUCUGCGAAAAU